UCACUCCAUACACACAUAUAUUUACUAAAGUAACAAAGGGAAGCUUAGGCCUAUGACCCAUGUGGGCAGUGAAAUCACAUUUUAGAAUAGCUAACCCUUUGGCCAAGAGAGAAUGCAAUUAAUAAUGUGACUAGUUUCCUGUACACUGCUGGCUACAGAUAACCCCAAGAAGAUCUAGAGAGCAUUCUCCCAUGGCAUGAUUCAUUUUGCUUGCAGUGUCCUCAAAGGGGAAAAUCUUACAACAGACGAAAAAAGCUUAAAAAGAAACAGUACAAAUGUUUAACAUUUUUUUUUUCAUACAGGUCUACUCUUUCAAAGUCAAAUAUUUAACUUCUUUUUUUCUUUUUCCCUAUUCUCAUUUUAUAAAUGAGAAUUAAAUGGUGACCAGUCAUCAUUUACUGCUGAAUAUAAUUUUUGAAUCAGAAAAUACUAUGAUGGUUCCUUGGAGGUUGGUGUCAUGGGGCUGAAGGCUAGCAGACGGAGCAAUCAUGUCGCACAAACAAAUUUACUAUUCGGACAAAUACGACGGCCAGGAGUUUGAGUAUCAGCAUGUCAUGCUGCCCAAGGACAUAGCCAAGCUGGUCCCUAAAGCCCAUUUGAUGUCUGAAUCUGAAUGCAGGAAUCUUGGCGUUCAGCAGAAUCAGGGUUGGGUCCAUUAUACGAUCCAUGAACCAGAGCCUCACAUCUUACUGUUCCGGUGCCCACUACCCAAGAAGUUGAAGAAAUGAAGCUGGCAAGCCAUUUUCAGCCUCAAGCUUUACAGAGCUGUCCUUACUGCCUAACAUCUUCCUGAUGACAUUAUUGUGUUGCCUUCCUGUUUCUCACUUUGAUAUUUAAAAGAUGUUCAAUACACUGUUUGAAUGUGCUGGUAACUGCUUUGCUUCUUGAGUAGAGCCACCACCGUAGCCCAGCCUGAUGAGUGUUCUGUGGACCCACACCCUCAGCUGAGUGUGAUCCCAGAAGCCACAGCAUGCUGGGUAAAUAGAACACACUUGGCAGAUGGAGGAAGCAUCUGAGAUUAACACCAUGGCUGUUACAUGGAUGGUGUAAACUUGUUUUUGUUUUUUUCUGCUGGGUGUUGUAUGUAGGGUGACUUUUGGAUUUAUGUUUCAGUGUACCGGAAACUUUCCAUUUUAUUCAAGAAAUCUGUUCAUGGUAUAAGCCUUGAUUAAAGAGGAAGUUUUUAUAAUCUAAAAAAAAAAGAAAAUACUAUGACAUAUUGAUUUUUUUUAACAGAUUAGAGGAUAUUCUUCACAUUAAGUCUACAACAUAUGAAGCAAAGAGAACAAGGCCUCCACUUGCCUACCCUGCAUAUUUGAAUUAGCAGAUGAAUAAGAAAAAGGCACACUUUUCUUCAGGCAGACCACCAGGUACAUGCCUCUGUGAUUAGAACCCGGGCUGGAAUUUAGUCUCCCUUUGCCUCCUCAGAGAGGUGCUUUUGUGUAGUACCUAAUAAACUGUGCAACUGAAUACAAUGGACUGAUCUUAUCCUACAUUAAAAAAAUGUUAUCGUAAUCAAGAAAUUAUUUAGAUUCCGCCAGUCAUUGCUUUCUGGCCCACCAUGCCUUUUCAUUUGAUCAACAAUCCCUAAUUUAUAAACUCUUUAAAAUGUCAAAAUAAUUAAUACUCUAGCAAUGACUUUCAAUGGUUUGGUAUUGAAUAUGUACCUGAACCCUCCACUCAAACCCCAGCCUGGCUCACAACUUCCCUGCCCAUUUUGCUCUUUUCAUCUUGUUCAAGAGGUUCCCACAAUAAUCUGGCCAUGAAGAAAACCUCAUGCACAGUUACCAGGAUCUCAUUGUCUCGGCUCUAGGAGGGCACUCCUUUAUAUUUUUUGAGAUGGAGUCUCGUUCUGUCACUCAGGCUGGAGUGCAGUGGUGCGAUCUCUACUCACUGGAACCUCCGCCUCAUGGGU